ACAGUGGGGGCCGUACAUAUGGCGAACGAUGAGUUGCCAAACGCGACAGUCGAUAGCAAAACAUGAGAGAGUGCUCAUCGCGCAUCAAUACGCGUCUGCCUAGUGGAGUAAUCGUUAUCGAUCAACGGCUCAGAAUCGACACUUGUCGAUACUUAAUCGAGAUCCUAUCGCGCCGCAUCACGGGCGACUAACUGUGGUAAUUACCUUUUUUUUCCCCCCCUAUCCGCCAGAACGCGAUCUCCACCAGUAAGUCUCCAAUGCGAGAGACCACCGUAUAUAUGUAUGUACAUAUGUUGCGAGAUGUCUGUUGGAUCUCCUCAGUUGCCAUAAAAAGCUUGGAGAGUGCUCGUCGAUCCGGCUGAUAAACGGCGAUAAAACCGAUCGGCGUCUUCCAAGCUCAAACUGACACCUGACACUGAAGCCCAUAUCUAAUCGGGAUUCCAGUUGUAAUCAGUAAACCAUCAGUUACUUAGAGUUCAUAUUAUAUGUGUAUAACUUGCUAAAUCAUUACAUAUAUAUUAUUAGCGUUUGUGUGUGACUUUUUAAAUUCGCCAAGACGCAAAACACAAAAAAUACAUUGCAUAAGUCAGUAAAAUAGCAUCAACAAAAAGUGCUUUUGUUGUCCGAGGAGGUGUCAUGGGGUAAACAUACUCAUACA